ACCCUAUACACACGCACACAGACAUUCCUCCAAGCCCAUGUAGAGAUCACCUCCAAGCUGCAGUCUUGUAGGAAGAAAUGCGCCACGGGUACUAGACAGGGACUUGUUGGACGAUGGCGUGGCCAGUUGCAAUGCGACUCUUUUUAGUGAAACCAGCCUAAUGCCUCACACUGCCGGAAACGCCUUAAACUUUCCUCUUGAACCCAGUUCUUGUGUGCGGAAUUCAGAAUAUGCGUGUGUACAAAUGAUACAAAUAUAUUUUUAUGAAAUCUGACCCAUUCUUAAUUUGUGACAAAUCAAUGCGUAACCUUAAUUAUACAUUUCCCUAAAAACGCAAGGCUGUGAUUGAUCCAUUAGGCUAUUUUGGUGUUUUAUUUGUGUUAUUUUGUGAAUAGAUGGACCACCGUUCCACAAUAAUCAUUUAUUAACAGAACUAAUCACCAGUCGUUGAAUAAUGGUUGGAAUCUGGACUUCAGGCUGGUUUUGCUCAUUCAACCAGAGAGUUUACUAGACCUCAGUCGUUUCUUACGGACCAGCAUUCCUUAACUAGUCGCCUGGGUUUCCUAGUUCUUCUUAACGGGGCUCCGUCCUGGCGAGGGGGAUCCGGGCGGACCCGUUUGCAUGAGAAGGCGGCGUGCAGUGACGUUAUGAGGCUGGUCCUUGUAAAGCCCACCAAUGAAACGGGCCGGCUCGAUUCGACUGGGUCACCCCGCAAUGACAGGGUGCCCAAGCGUCCCAGCACUGGGGAGAAGCAACAACGGAGCGCCGCUUCUGGGGGGAUGCGCCAUCGCUACCCCGGAGCAGUGUCCCACCAGCAAACCACCAUUCCGGAGCAACACCUUGGCACCUUAGCGCAUCCCCAGAAGGGAGCGGCGAGUCCAGCCUCAUCGUUGUACAAUUUACCGCCUCCCCCUUUGCCGAUCAGGCAGCGGAACCCCUCACUCUAUCCUCAGAGUCACCGGGAGCCGCCGAGCCCCAGUUCCUCCACCCAGACAGGCAGCCUCCCGUCGAUUGCCAGCAGAGGCUGCUUUCUCUCUGAUCAGCGCCCACACCUGCGCCAGAGUCUCGGGGCCACAGCCGAAGUCUCCGCUCAGAAGUGCCAAGGCGAUUCUUCCUGGGAGCAGAGCCCCCAGCCGCUGUCGCCGGCGUCCGUCUGUGAAAACCAGUUCUGGAACUGCGAUCGGCACCCCGGCACCUGUGACAGCAGAGGAGGCGUGGGGCAGCAAGAGCGACAGCAGCAGCGUGGUUGGGCACGUCAGGAGAAUCGGCAUCUCAAAGCGCACCGUAACGACCCUUCCUCACAGGAGGCACGCCAGGCUUUCGGUAUAAACACAGGGGAGCCUCGUCCGUCUCAGUCUCAGGACCUGCAACAGCAUCCACAGCCGCUCCUGCAAGCUCAGCAGCAGCGACUUGUAGGGAGCAGCCUGCCCAGCAACCGGGACCGGCGAUCUGAGCACCGUGACCGCGAGAGGCUCACCGAGGUGGUCGCAACCCAACGGACGCCUGAUUCGCAGCGCCGAGCCGCCGUGGACUCCCCCGGCCACCCGCUGGAGAGUGACGGAUCUCCAGCCAGCAGCCGGAGGAGCAGCUCUCCAUACUGCUCCAGCAGCCGUCUGUGGCCGGCGGCCGAGCCCCGUCCGGGCGAGUACCGGAGCGAAAAGGACGAACAGCAGCAGGUUGAUGCUGAAGCCACGACGCUGAGCCAUGCUGGAUCCAGGCUGCUUCUUCAGGAGAGAGCCGACACCUGCCCUGAGAUAGCCAUGAGCAGCUGCCGGUACAAUGGGGGCGUGGGGAGGCCCCCGGGUGGCGAGCUGGACUCCGAGAUGCAGCCCCUGCAGACCCUGCGUAGCCCCGGUUUGGAGGUCGUGGUUUCCAAGGGUAACAGCGAGGACCCCAGCAAGGCGUCCAGUGAGAGCCUGGCCAGAGAGGGCACCAGCGCACCGCAGAAAAAGAACAAGGACAUCGGAUACAAGCUGGGCCACCGGAGGGCGCUCUUCGAGAAGCGAAAGCGGCUUAGUGACUAUGCCCUGAUAUUCGGAAUGUUCGGGAUCGUCGUCAUGGUGACGGAGACAGAGCUCUCUUGGGGUGUCUACACUAAGGAGUCUUCAUACUCAUUUGCACUGAAAUGCCUUAUCAGCCUCUCCACUGUUAUCCUGCUCGGCCUCAUUAUCAUGUAUCACGCUCGGGAAAUCCAGCUGUUCAUGGUGGACAACGGAGCAGAUGACUGGAGGAUCGCCAUGACCUACGAGCGAAUCUUCUUCAUUGUGCUGGAGCUGCUGGGCUGCGCCAUCCACCCCAUCCCGGGCCAGUACUUCUUCACCUGGACGGCACGCCUGGCCUUCACCUACACACCCUCUGUGGCCGUAGCAGACGUGGACGUCAUCCUGUCCAUCCCCAUGUUCCUGCGGCUCUACUUGAUUGGUCGCGUCAUGCUCCUGCACAGUAAGCUCUUCACGGACGCCUCGUCGCGCAGCAUCGGCGCCCUCAACAAGAUCAACUUCAACACGCGCUUCGUCAUGAAGACGCUCAUGACUAUCUGCCCUGGGACUGUACUGCUGGUCUUCAGUAUCUCCUCCUGGAUCAUCGCCGCGUGGACCGUGCGCGUCUGUGAGAGGUACCACGACAAACAGGACGUCACCAGCAACUUCCUAGGGGCCAUGUGGCUCAUCUCCAUUACCUUCCUGUCCAUCGGAUAUGGGGACAUGGUACCACACACCUACUGUGGCAAAGGGGUGUGUUUGCUCACAGGGAUCAUGGGUGCCGGGUGCACGGCCCUCGUGGUUGCCGUGGUAGCCAGGAAACUGGAGCUGACCAAGGCCGAGAAGCACGUCCACAACUUCAUGAUGGACACACAGCUCAGCAAGCGUGUGAAGAACACUGCCGCCAAUGUACUCAGGGAAACGUGGCUCAUCUACAAACACACCAAGCUGGUAAAGAAAGUGGACCCUGCCCGCGUACGAAAGCACCAGCGCAAGUUCCUGCUGGCCAUCCACCAAGCUCAGAAACUGCGCAGUGUCAAGAUGGAGCAGAGGAAGCUGAAUGACCAGGCCAACAUGCUGGUGGACCUGGCCAAGACGCAGAGCGUGAUGUACGAGCUGGUGUCGGAGCUGCAGGAGCGGGGCGAGGAGAUGGAGCAGCGCUUGGCCGUGCUGGAGGACAAGCUGGACGCGGUGGUGGCCAGCGUGCGGGCACUGCCCGGCCUGCUCUCCCGGGUCCUGGCUCAGCAGCAGAGCGAAGCCCUCGAGAGCCUCGCCCAGCGGCUCCGCCCAGCCUCCCUGGGCUCCGAGCGCUCAUGGCCUCCCGCCCGCCGGCGCCGGUCGCCCUCCACGGUGCCGCACACCUCCUCCGACAGCGGCUAGACCGCCGGAACCGCCACAGGCAAACGAGCGGACAGCAAACACAGCGUUUACGUUUAGCCAUUGUAUGGCUGUUCCUGUUAGCUUUUUUAUAAAGCCCAUGUUACUGAUUGGAGGAUGGGAGGUAGGCCUCAGGGGAGCCGCCGCUUGGCAUUCUGGGACAGGGAGCAGAAAAUGGACAGGACUUCCUAGUUAGGGGUGGGAGCUGGAGCUUUGACCUAGAGAAUGAGGGGAAGGGUCUGGGGGGGCAGGGGGGGGGGAGUGAAGUGAGAGGCCGUUUAGGGAAUAAGCAGGGGGCUGAUAGCUUCACUGGCCAUAGAAGGGCGGAGCUUAAAGACACUUAUGCCAAGGAUUUAAAAUAGGCAGGAGGAGGUGAAUUUAAUAAGGGGCUGUCACACUCUCUCGCUGGCUGUUUACCAGACAGACUGACUGCCACUCACAGUGCUGUCCGAGGGAAGACAUUACAUUCCUUUUUCCGACACAUUCCUCUAGAAAAUUUCAGAACGGGAAACCUUCAAUCUCGAAAUCAGCUGUGUGACACCAAAUAUUUUGUAACUCUCCCUUACAUGCAAUACUUAGCUGUUCUUAGAAAACUUUUAACAGUGUAAGGUAACUAAGACUGCGGAUCUGACCUGCCAACGAUACACGACAUAAAAUCAGAGCUUCCAGAGGCCUUGACGGACAGGAGUUCGGGUGGGAGAAGUCAGGCCACACCCACUGUAGGUAUGACGUGUUGAUUCCACCCCUCGUGUCAGUCUUUUCUCAUUUUAAAUCAGGUAUUAGAAGGAAUAUUUGUAAAAUGGAGUAUUUUAUCACUAACCUUAACAUAAACUGGAUGAUUUAAGAACUUAAACUGCACUGAUGACAGUUUUGGUGGGUUUUACAUACACCUCAUUGAUCCAAGGAUAAAUUCUUUAAGAAUUUUAGGGCUCAUGUGGGAUUUGAAUCCAGUACCUCUUCAGACCCAAAGCGUGAAACGUACCCCUAGACCCAUAAACCACGGUGGUACCCUUGAAUGCUGAUCUUAAAGGGAAAAAACUGGAAAGUGAAGGUUUUGGUUUGUCUUAAGUGGCACUGAAGUGCCAGACAGAUAAACAUUGUAGUGAGCUACAGCUGCACAGUCCUUAAAAGGUGAAACCUUCACCACAUGUCCAGUCAUCCCCAGUGUGUCUCCAUAUCAACCCUUCUUAGGAACUUCUUGUUCAUCUUUCUUUGCGGUCAUAUGCUCUCGGGUGAUACCCAGUCACACUCCUCAGCUCCUUCAGCGCUGAGUGACACCCUGUACACUCUCUGAAUUUGGGUGGCUCACCAUUCGGUUACCACCCCUUUCAUGCACUGGCAUGCGUCAUUCCCUGCCCCCUGAUUGGUGAACUCACCUGCGCAGGGUCAUACCAUGAUAUACACAGGGAGGCCCAUCGUGAGGAUUUACUCCCCAACACUUAGGACCGUAGAACCUGGUCUUAAAUCCUGCCAAAAAGUCAUAUUCAUGUAUGGAAACAGUUAUAGUAUAGUAUUGAUUAUUACUGAAUUUACACGCCAUUAUGCUACAGCCAAUUACAAUUAAGCAUCUAUUCAUGUCAUUUCUGAGUAGUGAGAUGAGAUUAUUUUUUAACAUAUGGGUAAGAAAUUUAAGAAGAAAUGUAUAAUCACAAUUUUGUAUUUGAUACCAAGUUAUGCAUAUCAGUUAGCACUGGAGGUAUACAGUAUAAUAAAGGAAAAGCGAU